AUGGCUCACCACCGACACCAAAGCAUUCCCAACUGCGACUCGAGUCACCCCAACAAUCCUAUCCCCACCGAACCAAAGAAUCCCCACACACCUUUCUCGAGUAUCACAGAGGACAUGGCGGCACAAUCGAGAAGACCGUCCAGUCCACGGAGUAGUGGCGAGAGUCUGAGCCUGACAGACGACACCACCGACUCGGAGACACCACCCUCAACGCCUCCCAAUGGAACGCAAGAUGACGUCGACGAGAUCACAGAGAAGAUGGGUGUGUUGGCACAGACACAGACACAGACAAGCCCGACGACAAGAAAGCGCCGAGCAAGCACAACGUACGCCUCCAGCUCCGAAGAGAUUAAGCGUCUGCUCGGCGAUGGCAGUGGUACGAAGUUCUUGCAGAAGUACUGCUGCGGCGAGGGAUGCUGUAUGCUCGAGAAGCUGCCUACACAUCCUGAGGAUACUGGCAUUUCGAUGCCUGAUAAUGCUGCUUUUCAAUUCUUGAAUUUGAACUUGAAGGGAUUGACACUGGACACGGAGCUUACGAAGGUCGUUGAUAUGCCGGAGCAGAAGAUCAAAUUCGGGUCAUUGAGAAGAAAGUCCAUCAGCGAAAAAUUCCCGAAUGAAGACGAGCACGAGCAUGAUGCAGCACAUGUACAGGACUACCCGCCUGAGUACAUGAAGCCGCAUCCACCGUACAGCAUCUUCAAUGCACCCGUCUAUGGCGCACGGGAGUUGACCAAACCUGGUGCCGAGAAGAGGACAUUCCACUUCGAUCUUGACGUCACAGACUACCCAGAAGAAGGUGGUGUCGACUUCAAGGUCGGUGGAGCGGUCGGCGUCUGUCCGCCUAACGACCCGGCGAUGGUGGAGGAUGUUCUGGACCAACUCGGUGUACCACACUUCCAGCGAGACAAGCCUGUGCGACUCCACACCACCGGGGGUCGCUGGCCGACCAUCUGGGGCGAAGAAGAGGCUCGCGAGCUCGUCACCACCCGUCGAGAAGUCCUCACCUGGACCGUCGACAUCCAAUCCACCCCACCCAUCAAACCGCUCUUCCGCCUCUUCGCCGAACACGCCACCGACACCAACGAGAAGAAAAUCCUCACCUACCUCUGCUCCGCCCAAGGCCAAGCCGCCUUCUGCGACCUCCGCACCGGUCCCCACCUCACCCUCCAACAACUCCUCCUCGCCUUCCCUUCCUCCCGCCCGCCCCUCGAAGCCCUCUGCGGCGUCCUCACCCAACUCAUGCCCCGCUUCUACUCCCUCUCCAACGACCCGCACGUCUCCUCCGCCCGUGAAGGCCUCGCCGGCCGCCGCCUCAUAGAAAUGGCCGUCACCGUCCACGAGACCGCCGCUCACGCCGGCUCUACCCGCACAGGCGUCGGCUCUGGCUUCCUCGAACGCGUAGCGAAGAAGUUCAUCUGCGCCGAGCAAGACGCGCAAGACGCCGCGGCCCGCCUCGGCUCCACCGUCGCCCCUGGUGUCGCGGGAAGGAAACUGCACCUCCAGAUCCCCAUGUUCCGCGGUCUCAUGGCCAACCCUCUAUCCAAAGAGUUCGCCUCCGACGGCCCGAUGGUCCUGAUCGGUGCGGGAGUGGGCAUGGCGCCCUUCCGCGGCUUCAUCCUGAAUCGCCUGAAGAACGCCAACUGCGCGAACAAAAUCUGGCUCAUCCAGGGCAUCCGCGACAGCAUGCUCGACGAAAUCUACCGCGGCGAACUCGGCGCUCACGAAAAGGACAUCAAGAAAGUCGUACAAUCCCGCGCCUCUGCCCCUCCCCCUGUAGCCGAAGGUGACGCCCCUGAGGACGCCGACACCGACUCCACCGGCCUCACGGGCACAGCGAAGCUGGACGCCGAAUCCCGAUCCCAGCGCAAAGUCGCCAAAUACGUGCAAGACGAAGUCCGGCUGCAAGCCGAUAUCGUCUGGUUCGUCAUCAACGCCGUCGAUGGAAGGAUUUUCGUCUGCGGCAGUACGAAGGGUAUGGGCGAGGGUGUGGAGAGGGCGCUGGUGGAUGUGGCGAUGGAUAAGGGCGGGUUGGAUUACGAGACGGCGAGGCAGUUUUGGAGGGAUAAGGAGGGGGGUGGGCAGUUUAUUGCUGAGACUUGGUAG